UUCAAGAUCAGCAUGUGAUCGCGGGAUUGUCGUGACAAAUUUGUACUUGCAAACUGUGAGCCGGACGGUGGAGAUAAGAUCUAGGCCAAAUUAACUGUUUUAGCGUGUGUUAAGUUGUGUGUUGUUCUCUGACAAUCGCAUUAUUAAUGGUGACUUGAGCUCAUAUUUUGGAUACUGAUCGAAAAAGUAGUGAUGGAAGUUAUUCGAUUUGCCUUGCUAUGCUUGCUGGUGGUGAUUUCGUGCGCAAAUCCUGCGGUGGAUAACGGUGGCCCCAUCAACCAUGUGGCACCGAUGACGGCGAGCAAGACCGCCCUCGAGGAAGCGUUCGUGAAGCGGCUGGGGUCAAAGUGCACCCAGAAGGAUAACAGCUCCUGCGUUAUGCUGAAACUGGUGAACUACAUGAACCGGAUGCUGAAAAAAUCGAACAUCGCUCUGGGCGAUACGAUCGAGCUGACGAAGACCAGGGCGGACGACGCAAUGGACGACACGGAAGAGCUGUCAGUGCUGAGCCGAUCCACCAGCUCCGAUGAUCACAAGCUGAGCGUCAUUGUGGCGGACAAAAUAUGGCGCUUCAUCCAAAGUCGAAGCGUCAAGUGGAAGGCUUUCCGAGUGGCGGACAUGGUGGUUGCAUCCGGCGAGGGUGGAAAGCUCAAUUUCGGACUCUCGGUGGACACCAAACGAGCGCUCGAGGAGGGUCGUGGCAAGAUGAAAAACUACGCACCCAUUUUAGUGGCCUUCGUGAUGAAGGCUGGUCUCGUCGGGGCGCUGGUGCUGAAGGGAGUGGCUCUGCUGGUGGGAAAGGCACUGCUUGUGAGCAAACUGGCCCUGCUACUGGCUGCCGUUAUUGGUAUCAAGAAAUUGCUGCAUAAAAAGCAUGUAACGUACGAAGUGCUUUCCCAUCCGCCGGUCGAUGCCCACCACCCUCUGGACACGUACAGUGCGGGGUGGGCACGAGCCUUCGAUGGAUUUAUCGAAAGUUUUUCCAGUGGGCUGGAGGGAAAUCUCAUGAAGGAUGUUAAUCAGAUGGCCUAUGGCGGGCAAAACCCGUCGCCAUAAGCAGUGUCACGAUAACGAAUAGGUUAGAUUCAUAGUCCUUUCUUAUAUCUGUGUCGAUCAAAGAUUACAUUUUAGAACCUUGUACCUGACAAGUCUGUCGUGUCUGUCCUGUGAUACAAUCUACUUAACUUUGCACUUGUAUUAUUUAUAAAUGAUAUUAUUUAAUUAUUUAUUUAAUGUCCUUUACAUUUAAUGUUACUUUACAUAUUUACAUGGAAAUAAAAUCAACUUUGAAGACAGUCCGUAA